CGCAGCGCAGUCUCCGCCCGCUGCGGCUCCCGACACACACCGCGCCCGGCCGCUGCCGCCCGCGCUGGCGAUUGGUGUGUCUCGGCGGCGCUGCGCUCUUCUCGCUCCUCCCGGCAAGAUGGCACUGGAGGCGCGGAGGAUGGAUGGCGACGUGGAGGACGGCGAGCUCUCCGACUCGGACUCCGACAUGGUUGGGACUUGCUCUCCUGAGGACCUGCAGCAGAAAUCACAUGAUGGCAGUGAUUCAGGUAGACCAUUCCAGAGCAGCACUUCAUGUGCACCAAGUGUUCCUUAUCGGAUGACCAAAAGUGUGGACUCAAGUGAUGAAAGCUUUUCUGAAUCUGAUGAUGACAGCUGUCUGUGGAAACGAAAACGGCAGAAAUGCUUCAACUUCCCUCCUGCUGAAUCUGAGCCUUUUCAACAGAGCCACCAAAAACAAACUGCUCAAGGUGGCAAGAAGGUCAACAAUAUUUGGGGUAUGGUGCUUCAGGAGCAAAAUCAGGAUGCUGUAGCUACUGAACUUGGGAUUCUAGGCAUGGAUGGUAGUAUUGACAGAAGCAGGCAAUCUGAGACUUACAAUUAUUUAUUGGCUAAAAAGCUGAUGAAGGAAGCUCAGCAAAAGGAGGCAGAGACUUUAGAUAAAGAACUGGAUGAAUACAUGCAUGAUGACAAGAAAACAUUGCCAUCAGAAGAAGAAAGUGGUCAAGGCUUUCUUAAACGGAAGCGACCUGUAAAAGAUAGACUGGGUGAAAGACAAGAAAUGAAAUACAAAGGAAGGUAUGAGAUAACAGAAGAAGAUUCAGAAGAAAAAGUGGCAGAUGAAAUUGCUUAUCGGCUUUGUGAGCCAAAGAAAGAUUUAAUUGCCCGAGUAGUGAAAAUAAUUGGGAAAAGAAAAGCUAUUGAACUGCUUAUGGAAACAGCUGAAGUGGAACAAAAUGGUGGACUGUUCGUAGUGAAUGGCACUAGGAGGAGAACACCAGGGGGCGUGUAUUUAAACCUACUGAAGAACACACCUAGCGUCAAGGAAGAACAAAUCAAGGAAAUAUUCUAUCUGGAAAACCAGAAGGAGUACGAGAACAAAAAAGCUGCUAAAAAGAGGAGAAUACAAGUUGUAGGAAAGAAAAUGAAAAAAGCAAUUAAAGGGCUUAACUUGCAAGAAUAUGAUGAUGCAUCUCGUGAGACUUUCGCUAGUGAUACAAAUGAAGCUCUGGCUUCCCUGGAUGAUCUACAAGAGGGGCAUCAUGAAGCAAAGAUGGAACCUGAAGAUAGUAUUGAAGUUGAUAAUGCUCAUGAUUUGGAGAUCUUCUAGUUCCUCAUGUUCUUGCUAACAAAUCUAUGAAGCAUAUUAAAUGAGCCUUUCUCUUUCUCCCAUGGCUUCUUGUUUUCAUAAGCUAUAUGGGAAAUAUUUGAUACAGAAUAAUAUAACAUAAUUCUUAGCUAAAUUUAACAGCAUGAAAGACAUUAAUUGUCCUAUUAUUUGUUUUCUCAGUCCUCAAAAACUCUUAGAUUUUUCUGUAUAGUAGCUCUGCAUCACUGUGUUCCAUAAGAAGUUAUCCAGAUGUUAGGUUUAUAAAUUCAAGAUAUGUUUUAACUGAAUACAUCAUACUUUAUUUGCUGAAGCUAACAAAGUCAUCAAGCAAACAGUGUUCCUCAUUACAGUUCAACACGAAAAGAGUGUAAACUUAGUCUUGAUAAUAAAAGAUUGUGUGGUUUUUCAUACAGCGAUGUAUUGACAAGAAUAGUGAUGUUUAUAGGAUUAAGACUUGUAAAAGCAGAUUAGUUUAUAAAAUAAGCUUAAUUUUAAAGGCCAGUGACUUUUGAAUAACAACCUUGUAAAUAAGCACUGGUGAACAAUAUAUGUUUUACAUUUCUGAAGCAGUUUAAUCCUUCAUGCAACACUAGUGGUUUGAGUUUCCCACCUGUCCUCUUUAGACUUUUUUCAUUAUUAGACACACAGACAAGUUAUACAGAUGUAAUUGAAUGCUUUCGGAGUAGUGCAGUGUUACUAAUCUGCACUGCCCUCGAGUCUACAGACUACAUACCAGUAUAAGCCCUUUACCUGCAGUUCUUGUUUUCAUGCUUCUUAUGUGUGUGGUUGGAUAAAGUACUGUGAGGCUUGCAAAAGUUCUGAAGCUUUUCUGUGCUGACUCUUACGGAAGCACUAUGCAAAACAUUAUGUUUGAAGAAGAUGACCGUUGUGUAGUUUUUGAGUUCAUCUGAAGACAACUUUUAUAUUGAAAAAACUUUAAUAUAACCCAAGAAUAUGUACAACACUGAUACGUGUGUUGUCUAACAAGUAUUUUGUUGCUAGUAAGUUGAGUUUUCUGUGACUAGACACUCUUUCAGUAUAAUACUUCUGGAUACUUUUUGGUCAGGCAUUGACAUAGGCUGUCCCAGGAAGGUGGUGCAGUUGCCAGCCCCACAGGUGUUGAAUGUAUGAACAUGGCACUUCAGGACAUGGUUUAAUGGCCAUAGUAGUAUUAGGUUCAUAGUUGAACUCAGUGGUCUUGGAGGUCUUUUCCAACCAAAACAAUUCUAUGAAUAUGUGAAAUAUUAAGGAGUGAACUGACAUUCAAACCCAACAACAAAAUUCUGCACAUAAAUUUUGUUGACGCCAAGUCCUUGAAUUUCGGGAACAAAGCCUAUCACUGAAACAUUAUGAAGUUGUUAUACUGAUCAGUUUGACAUUAUUAAGGGCUCGUGUUUAAAGGACUCUAGUAUUUGAGGAAGGAGUUCUUAAGAAUAUUCUGUUAUAUGCUUCACUAGAUUUGAGGUUUGUUUUUUCUGCACUUUUCUAUUCAUGUCCCAUGGAUCAUAUACAAAGCAUGUCUUUGCUGGUACUAAUUGCUCUUGAAGAAAUAGGGAAAGGUUUUGAUUUGUUCAUUAACUUUCCUAACAACCUUGCCAUGGUCAGAGUACUAAACUAGUAAAUCAUGUAAGGGAAACAGAAUAAUGUUCUAUUAAAUUAGUUUGGGGUUGUUCUUUUUGAUCCUAGUUUUAGGAACUACUUGGGAAUGACUUCUGCAUAGAAUCCGCAAAAUUUGAUGGUGGUUCCAGUAAUUUUUUAUUCUUAUAUAAUUUGCUGCUAUUGAGCACUGUUGUUUUUUUUUUAAAUAUCAGUAUAUUUAGUGUUGAUUUCACCUUUAUGGAGUACUAAAACAUUGACUUCUCUUUAACAAGACACUCUUAACUCACCUUUCCAUAAGUUUUUCCUAUUUUCUGAUUUUUUUGUUUUGUUUUUCAAAAAGAAACUUGUUCAAAAUGAUGACCAGCUACUCUUACACAAGCAUCCUGACACACCCCUGCCCUGUUCUGUGGUAUACAUUUGCUUGUGCUACUGUGUGAUGGUGGCAGCCUCACAGAAGUGACAGGAGCCCAUAUGUGACAAUUUGAGGCUUGUGUCAGCAAGCCUUGAGUUGAGCAUGGACAGUUCUGGAGCUAAGGACACCAAGGCUUUGCAGUCUGGUGCUGCAUUCACCACAGUUUCCAAAGGGACUAAUGCAGGUGUGUGCAUGAGUGAGAAAGAACAGGCUGGCAUUACUGCAUAUUGCUGUAGAUCUGGCUCUUUUGUGUGUCUGUGGUUGCUGGAAAGUGUUGAAGGGGUUUUGGUGGUAAUUGUUUUUGUCUUCAAAACCAAAUAGUUUUUCAUUCCUCCCUCUUCACACAAAACUACUGCAACAGUGGGAAGCAUAAGUAAGGUCAGAGAUUUUCUUUCUCAGCUUCCAGGUACUGAACUUACCUCUGGAGCAGAGAUAGCAGCUUUGUUGUGUCUUAGUCAGCUGUAGCUUGUGACUGAAAUGAGUUGUGUGGGCUGUGUUUUAUCUGGGGACAGACAUUUUACAGGCAAAAAAAGUAAAAGGGCUGGGGUUUGUGUUCCUAGUUUUCUCUGAUGGGCAGAUGUUACUAAGACACCUUUACUACAAGUACAGUCUGUAUGCUACUGGGAGAAAUAUCACCCUCCAUCCCUUAAGCUAUAGCAGAAUAUUGAGCCAUCUGUGUCACACCUGAAGCAGACAGUGAAAAUGAGAGAAAUGUGUUCUGGCUUGAAAACACACAGCUUUUUUUAAACCAGACUAGUACAGGCAACUGUACGGGGACGCUGGUAGACAGUCUGUACUGGGAGCAUCAGGAACAACUUUACCAUGGAGAUGAAAGAAAAAAUAAAUUCCUUGGGAAAUGUCAAUUGCCAAUAUUGUAGUAUAUUUCCAUUUCCAGAUGUUGGGCAACUGAUUGCUUUUGCAUGCAGAAAACUCAUGACCUGCUUUUUCCUCUUACAAACAAGUAGGAACAGUACAGCAUUUAAUGCUUAAUAACAUAGAAAAAUUGCACCAAAUUAUUGUGUGUUCUCUUUAAAAAUAAAUGUAAAAAAGAAAAAAACAACAAACACACAAAACACCCACAGCUUCACAUUGACAUGCUGUCUUUGAUUAAGAAUGUGAGAACCCAAAAUACUUUGGACUUGUUUGGUGGGAAAACAGGGUGUACAGGACAUAGGUAGCAGCACAGUCUUAAGUAGUGUUCUUGUAAAGUCUAAUGUCUUUCUUCUGUUCCUUCUACAUCUGUUGGAGGUGACUGACCCUACUCAUUUUUUUUCCCCUAGUUCUUCUGGAGAUGUUCCUGUAACCCACCAUACUUCAAUUAAGAAAAACAAAGUUCCUAUUUGCCUAACUGGUACAUAAAACAGAAUUCUUCUCUAGCAAGAAUAAGUGAUCUGUAAGCCUACAGUGAACUAAGAUUUUUCUGAAGGAAGAAUUUUUCAUACACAAUCCCUGAGGCCUUUAAAAAAAAAAAAAAGAAGAGUAGGUGGUGACGUGGAUAAGUAGGCUCAUGGGUCAUCAGGGAAGCUGUGCUGAAGAUAAAUAAUUAGCUGAAGUAAACAAAUACAUAAAAUAAACUCACUCCACAAAUGGCAGCAAUUGCUUCCAGCUACGCAAAUGCACUCCCUGUACAGCUGUCGGCCCAAAGCAGAUGCAUACAUAUAAGAAGUGUCAUUCAGUUAGUUGUGUCUUGCAAUUCUUUUGCCAACACUUCAUUGUGUAAAUAGUAAACUGUCAAGCCCAGGGAGUGGUGAGUGGGAAAUCCAAAAGGAAAAAAAAUUUGCAAGGAUUUGAUUCUAAGUUUUUCAGAAAGUGGUUUUCAUGUCUUGUAUACCCAUUCAACUCUUGCUUUAUGUGAUACAAGUUUGUCUAUUGUAAUUUGCUUUAGAUACUUCAUCUCUGUCUUUUAGGUUAGGUUACUUCCUUGAAAAGUAUGUUUCAUUCAAAAUUGCUCUGUCUUCAUACUUAAUUUUCCAGAUGUCUACAUUACAUCCAAUGGACAGAAGCUGACUUCAGAGUUAUAGGUACUUAUUAACAGAAAUACAAAAUUGUCAUGCAAUCAAAUAAGAAAAAAGGACUUUGAAGAUUUGUACAUAAUUAAUAUUGUGUACAUAGAAAUGCUGAUCUCCAAAUAGUGUUAUUUUUCCUUAAACAGUCUCAGAAAAAAAAAAAUGUUUACUUGGGGAUAUCUUUUUUCCUGUGAAACUUUGUCACAGUGGAUAAAAAUAUGUGGUCAAUAAAUCUUUUCUGUAGAAGGCAAUAAAAAUGACCCAAUGCAUCAUUGUAAUUAGA